AUGGCUGUCACUUACAAUGCGAGCGCGCACGUUGCCAUUAUCGGAUGUGGCACUAUCGGCCGCCAGGUUGCUCUUCUCUAUGUUCAACAUGAUCGCGACGUGAUUUUAUAUGAUACGACAGAGAGCGUCGCGAACGAGGCCCUUCGUUGGGUCAAAUCACAACUAAACCAGACACCUGAACAACUCGAAAGAUUGAAGGUCGCUUUUGAGUUGAAAGAAGCAGUCGAGGAUGCUUGGAUGGUUAUCGAAUGUACUCCCGAGAACAUUGAUGCAAAAUCUCGACUGAUGAAGACAUUGGACGGGCUUUGUGGAUCGAAGACUAUCAUCACGACAAACUCUUCCACGAUCCGGAGUAGCAUCUUGGUCAAAGGCAUUGCUACCGAGGGUCAACGCCGUAUCCUCAAUACUCAUUAUUUUCCCCCCGCCCAUUCACCCCUGGUCGAACUCAUGUCAUGCGGGAAUACAAGUCCCGAUACCAUCGAGUUCCUGCUGCAGGAUCUCCGCAAACUUGGACGCCAUCCAUUUCUGUGCAGAGCCGACUCAACGGGCUUUGUUGCAAACCGCAUUUGGGCCGCUAUCAAGCGCGAAGUCAUGAUGGUGCUCGCAGAUGGCGUUGCAAGCCCGACGGAAAUUGAUGGAAUAUUCAAAUCUUGUCUGCACGUGCAGAGGGGGCCCUGCGAGCUCAUGGAGGAGGUUGGGCUUGAAACUGUGUGCGAAAUUGAGGAAAUCUACUUGGAAGGAAGAAAAUGGCUCCCGAGAUAUCCGCUGGACUUCUUCCGGCAAAAUUAUGUUGAAGCAGCCUAUACAAACCUUAGAUCUUAG